AUGCCACUAUCUAACGCUCCGACUGAAAUUGUCAGCCAGAUUUUCAGUUGGCUCGGAACGUCUGACCUAGCGAAUCUUUGCCUAGUCAAUAAAUCUUUUCGCGAUGUUGUAGGGUAUACUCUCUACUCUGACAUCACUUUCAAACGGGAUCCUGAUCAAAAUCCUAGGAUCGUCGCUCUUCUGGAUACGCUUUUCCGGAAGCCAGAACUUUUUGACCAUAUCACUGCCCUUACGUAUGUGGAUGUCGUUCAGACGCUGAACCCACGACUGACCUAUUCGUGGACGGACAAGCUCGAGAGAGGCGAAAUGGACGCCUUUGCGGCCAUACUGAUCGCGCAUCUUACCCAGAUAAGUCAUCUCACCAUCACUGGUCAUAACAUCGACCAGGAAAACCUCAUUGGCCGAGUCCUUAAAUUGAAAAUAAGUGGCCAGUUACCGAAAUUCGAACGCCUGAAGUUCGUCACUUAUUUUGAAGGUCGUGCUAGGUUCAAUGAUGUGAUGCGCCUCUUCCAAAUACCCACAGUCACGCACUUGGCAGGUUCGAUGGAGAGUUUCCCAAGGGGGGCUUUCAAAUGGCUGUCAGAUUCGGCCUACUUUCGCAACCUGACUUUUCUAGCUAUAGAAGGGUCCAGUGCCGCCAACAUGGGUGAAAUACUAGCCCUGCCUGAGAACCUAAAGUCACUUGCCUGGAGCUGGGAGUAUGCGACUAGAACGAGUAAUUCUUCCAGAGCGAAAAAUCUUGACCUUGACGAGAUCGUUACAGCUCUCUCACACGUGAAAGAUACGUUAGAAAGGCUACAGCUCAGGAUCACCAUCAACACGGAGAAGUACUAUGAUGGCGAAGAGAAAAUAAAUGUCAUGGGAUCAUUCAGCGGGCUUAGGGACUUCAACCGAAUAACCGACCUCGAGCUGCCGUUGGUAUUUCUUGCUGGGUGUGGGGAUAACCCUCAACCUCUGGAUCACUGCACCCCCGGCGGUAUUAAAACGCUUUCUCUCUCAUGCGUGCUGUUACUCAACGAUGCAGUUAAAUGGAACCCAAGUGAUGAUUGGCUGUCGGACCAAGGGAUUCUCGCCCUAGUUUCAGACAUGUCAAACAACAGUUCUACUAACCUACCACAACUGCAGCGUAUCAACAUUUUUGAUGUGGAUAACUGGUUUGAAAAUUGGCAACUCUUUGAGAUGUUGGAAGAAACUCCUCUCGAUGUAGAGGUUAAGGUUAUUCGCCGUGUUCCGCAGCUUUGGGACUUCUAA